AUGAGUGUUCAGAGCCCACCCACACUCGAGAAGCUGGCAAUUCAGUCUCUGCUAAGAAAUGAAGAUGUGGCCAUGUCCUCUCUGGGAGAGCUGCCUGCUGUGCUCUUCCCAGCACUGUUCAAGGAGGCCUUCACUGGAAAACACAUCAACUUCGUGAAGGAAAUGGUGGCAGCUUGGCCUUUUCCCUGUCUCCCUGUGGGUGCAUUGAUGAAGACACCUAACCUGGAAAUGUUGCAGGCUGUGCUAGAUGGAGUAGACAUACAACUGACAAGAAAGUUUCACCCCAGGAGAACAAAACUGCAGGUUCUCGACCUGAGAAAUAUGCACCAUUACUUCUGGAACAUACAGGGUGGAGAAGAAGAUAGCAGCUGUUCAGCAGAGAACUUGAAAGAAAAGAAAGUCAUGAAAGUCUUUCACAGAUAUGCACUAAGGAAGCGUGUGAAGGUCAUAGUUGAUAUGUACAUCUGUUCCUGCCUGAAGGAAGAACAAACUUGCUUGUUGAAGUGGGCCCAGCAAAGAAAGGGCUCCCUACAUUUCUGCUGUACAAAGAUGAAGGUCUGGAAUCUACCAGUCUGUGUUAUCAGAGAGAUCCUGAAGGUUUUUGAUCCACAGCAUAUCACAGAAUUAGAACUGCAUACUGAGUGGACUCUGUUAGAGCUGGCACAUUUUGCUCCCUACUUUGGACAGAUGAGAAAUCUCCAGAAAGCCUUCCUGGCACCCCUGCACAGGAUCAUGUUCUCUAAUAGCAAUGGAAUAGGAGACAGAGAAGCCAAGUGUAUCAAGAAGUUUAUAUCUCAGUUCUCCAAAUUCAAUUGUCUCCAGCAUCUCUGCAUGUUCUGUGUCCAUUUUCUUGGAGAUCACAUGAAUCAAGUCCUAGGGUGCCUGAUGACUCCCUUGGAGACUCUUUCAAUCACAUACUACCUAAUUUCACAGAAAGACUUGGAUUCCCUAUCCCGCAGUCAAAGCCUAUUUCAGCUAAAACAUCUGGAUUUGAGAGGAGUGGUCUUAUGUGAUCUGGAUAUCAUGCCUCUGAGAGGUCUACUAGAGAAAGUGGCAGACACUCUUGAGACUCUGGAUUUGCAGUGGUGUAAGAUGACGGACUCCCAGCUUUAUGCCCUCCUACCUGCCCUCAGACAUUGCUGUCAUCUCACCACGGUCAACUUCUACAGCAAUAACUUCUCUGUGUCCAUUCUGAAGGAUCUGAUGCAGCACACAGCCAACUGGAGCAGGAUCCGUGUGGAACAGUACCCUGCCCCUCUGGAGUGCUAUGAUGACUUGGCUCAAGUUUCUGUAGAAAGAUUUGCCGAACUUUCUUCUGAGCUUAUGUAUACUCUCGGGGUAAUAAGGCAGACCAAGAACAUCUCCUUUGCUACAGAUAUCUGCCAUACAUGUGGUCAGCGCUGUGUCUAUCACAAUGGGUCCAGACUUUGUUGUUGCUGGCACUAA